GUUAUCCGUGCGCUUAGGUUGCAGUGUCAAUGUCGAUUCUCCUCUCCUUCCGUUCAGUCGGCGUUCACCUUCUCCGACAAGCUACGCCGAUCAUAACUCGAGGCCGAAGAAUCUCAAGACCCGUCCCCAAAAAUCUCUGCUUUCUCUUAUUUUCUUCGUCUCCUAAAACCCCUCUUUUUAAACCUCUCGCUGCGUCAUCAGAUGACAAUUCUAUUGUGUUCAAAGGCGAUGAGCGUGUGGUGGGUCUUCUGGGCAAAGUCGACGAUACAGUCAAUAACGUUGAUCGGUUUCAGAGCGCAAGUACAAUUGUGGCAAUCGUAACUCCGAUCGGUGGGCCACCUGGUGCGGUGGGAAUCGUUCGGUUGUCAGGUCCUAAUGCUGUGGAAGUUGCAAGAAGGGUCUUUCGUUCUGCUAAGAAAAGCAGGAAGAAGGACUCGGUUUCGGAUUCAUGGCGGCCCACGAGUCAUUUCGUGGAAUAUGGAGUUGUUGUCGAUUCAAAUGGCAAUGUUGUUGACGAGGUUUUAGCUGUGCCUAUGUUGGCUCCUCGGUCAUACACUCGAGAAGAUGUAGUUGAACUCCAAUGUCAUGGGAGCGAAGUUUGUCUGCGGCGUGUUCUGAGGACAUGUGUUGAAGCUGGAGCACGAUUAGCAGAACCAGGAGAGUUUACACUUCGUGCCUUUCUAAAUGGGCGGUUAGACCUAUCGCAAGCUGAAAAUGUUGAGAAACUGAUUUCGGCCAAGUCUUCUGCUGCUGCAGAUGCUGCUUUGGAAGGGAUUCAGGGAGGGUUUUCAUCUUUGGUGAAAUCAUUAAGAGAUCGGUGCAUUGAACUCCUCACUGAAAUUGAAGCUCGUUUAGACUUUGAGGACGAAAUGCCGCCGUUGGAUAUGGACUUAGUAAUUAACAAAAUAAACAGCAUGUCUGAAGACGUAGAAGGUGCGUUAGAUACAGCAAACUAUGACAAGAUUCUUCAAAGCGGGUUGCAGAUAGCUAUUGUUGGGCGUCCGAAUGUGGGGAAAUCAAGUCUUCUAAAUGCCUGGAGCAAAAGUGAGAGAGCAAUUGUUACAGAAGUUGCGGGAACUACUCGAGACGUUGUGGAAGCUAAUAUUACAGUCCGUGGUGUGCCUAUCACACUUCUUGACACUGCUGGUAUCAGAGAAACCAAUGACAUUGUCGAAAAAAUAGGUGUUGAAAGAUCAGAGACAGCUGCAAAGGUUGCUGAUGUAAUAAUCAUGGCGGUGAGUGCUGUAGAAGGCUGGACUGAAGAAGACACUGAGCUGCUACAUAAGAUUCAAUCUGAUAAGCCAAUGAUACUGGUGAUGAACAAAAUAGAUUGUGCUCCAGCUGAUUGUAGUGAUAAACUAGUAGAAGAAGAAGAGAGAAAAAAGGAAAAAGUAUUCCAUAAGUCUGUGUUCACAUCUGCAGUAACUGGUCAAGGGAUUGAAGAGGUAGAAGAUGCAAUAUUGGAGAUUCUUGGCCUUGAUCGUGUCCCCACAGGAGGACACCAAUGGACCGUGAAUCAGAGACAAUGCGAGCAACUGGUGAGGACGAAAGAAGCGCUAGUGAGGCUGAGAGAAGCGAUAGAGGAGGAUGAGCAUCUUCCGAUAGAUUUCUGGACGAUAGAGCUGAGAGAAGCUGCUAUGGCUCUUGCUCAGAUCAGUGGAGAAGAUGUAUCUGAAGAGGUCUUAUCCUCCAUUUUUGCUAAAUUUUGUAUCGGUAAAUAAUUUAUUUAAAUCGUUUCUAACUUAUAAACAAAUCAAAAGUUAUGCUUAUAGUUUAGAUUUAAAAUUACU